CAACAAGCAAUACAAAGGCACAAUAUUUGCUGAAAGGCACAUAAAGACGACCGCGCUCUUGGGCCCUGUUUGGCGCUCGAGGUUCUCUUCCCUCAUGUCAUCCCAGCAGAGCACUAGUACACCGGCGUGGACGGAGGACCUGCUCAGGCGAUCCUUGCUGGCGGAGGAAAUCAUUGACGUUCAUUUUCAUUUGUUCUCCUCCAGGUCAAAAUCUUCGAAGAGAGUGCGGCACCCUCGCGUGUUGAACUCCAACACUGCUCUCCUCAAGAACAGUGCAAAAUAUUUUGCUGACUCUGAGUGUUAUGCUAUUUCCAACAAUGUCUUCCGAGGGACCAAUCACCUCGACUUAGUGUUCAGCUCGGAAACCACUCCAUCUGGCCCGAAGACGGUAGACGUCAAGGAUAGCGACGAAUUAUUUGACGGGCUUCCGCUGGGUGACUAUGGUUACGAAAGUGACAGCGAUCUCGAGGACGAGGACGAUGGAAACACUGACGAAGAUGAUGAUGGUUACGAGAUGAAUUACGAUGUCAAGAAAAGUCCGGGCACCAUUUCAGGUCCGGACGAGCGUAACGACGAGAAACUCGACACGAAGAUUGCCCAAGCGAACUGCGCGAGGCCUUCGGUGUCAUAUAAAGGCCGCCGUAUCUUUGUCAAGGAUACUGCAUUUCAGACGUGGUACUGCCUCGUGUACUAUCUAUACACAGGCGUGAUUACCUUUUCGCCGCUCAUGUCUUCAGGUUCACGGGAUUCCCAAAGCCUCACUCCCAACGGCGACAAAAGACCGCUGUGCUCAGCCAAGUCCAUGUAUGCCCUCGCCACAAAGCUUGGUCUCAACCAACCUCGUGAUCAAGCCUUUGCCUUCAUUUGUAAGAAUGUGAACGAAAACAACGUGUUGCAAGAAUUAGCUUGCAGUUUUGCUGGAAGGUAUCCAGAUGUUCUUGAAUCCGAGCUCGACUUGCUUGCGCAGAAUUUGGCAACCAUUCCCGUUAUCCAAGGCUUCCCACAGCUCAUGAGACGCAUCGCCAAGAAUGAGUUGGCCAAUGGAGCUGAUAUUUUGAUUGGGCUUCACACACGGAUUAUUCGGCAGCACUACUUGUCUGUGCCUAACACAACAAGCUCGUCGACCCGACCCGCCCCGGCACUCUCGCUGACCCCACCCACGACAACAGUCCCGCAGGUCCAGCCCGCCACCACAGUCCCGCUGACCCAGCUUGCCCCAACUACUCCAUCCCUAUUUCAUACUCCUCCCACUGUGGCCUCGGCAACGCAGCCAUUCUCGUUUCCAACCGCUUUCCUGACCACAAAGGCCGGCGGCGGCGUGUUUGCCAAUGCAAGCAAAACGAAGUAAUUAUAUCGUAAACUAAUUCCUAGCAUUCAAGUGCAUAACUGAACACAUAAUGGAUGGCUACUAAUUGGGAGGACGUGGUACAGAGAAUGAGUGAGUGAGACUCUAUGGGUCAUUGGCCGUAGCAUUCCAAGUGAAA